CCCCCGCGGUCGCCGCCAUCUUCUUGUUGAUUCGAACGGCAGGGAGCGGGCGGAGUGGAGCGGUGGUGCUGGGGGCUCGGUGUCGCCAGCCCCCGGCUGGGCAGGCAAGGCUGGCCCGGUGAGCCGCAGUGCGCGAGGGCCCGGGACAGGCUGAGGAACAGGGAUAACUGAGGCAGGCGCUGUUCUCAGGAAGGAACUCGGCAAACCACGGUGGUAACAUGAAACCAAGAUGGCAGACUUGCUUCUGGCAUCCUUCUCCCUCUUGAUUGUGAGACGCUGGCUCCAUAUUCCAGUGACUGCUUGACAGAGAGAGCUUGGGUGACGUCUCUGAGGUCGUUGUAAGGAAGCAGACUGCCAGGAUUUCCCUGCCGUGGCUGCCUGACCACUGCUGACAGCUACCCCUCCAGCCCACGUGGCUCUCCCCAUGCUCCAAGAGUGCAACUGGUGCCCAACGCAAUGUGUGUUUGUCAAACCAUGGAAGUGGGCAAGUAUGGCAAGAAUGCCACUCGAUCUGGAGACCGGGGGGUCCUGCUGGAGCCUUUCAUUCACCAGGUGGGCGGCCACAGCAGCAUGAUGCGCUAUGAUGAUCACACUGUCUGCAAGCCCCUCAUCACCAGAGAGCAGCGCUUCUAUGAAUCUCUGCCCCCAGAGAUGAAGGAGUUCACGCCCGAGUACAAAGGUGUGGUGUCUGUCUGUUUUGAGGGAGACAGCGAUGGCUACAUUAACCUGGUGGCCUAUCCUUACGUGGAGAAUGAGGCUCUGGAGCAGGAUGACAUGCCAGAGAGGGACCAGCCACGACGCAAGCACUCGCGUCGAAGCCUUCACAGAUCAAGCAGUGGCACUGAGCACAAGGAGGAGAAGCCUGGUCUGGCCAGUGACAAUAGUGAAAGCAGCAUCCAGGAGACAAAGAGUCCCAGGAUGGACUUGCACAUCCAUUCAGAUGUUCCAUUUCAGAUGUUGGAUGGGAACAGUGGUCUGAGCUCUGAGAAGAUCAGCUAUAACCCCUGGAGCCUGCGCUGCCACAAGCAGCAGCUGAGCCGCAUGCGCUCUGAGUCUAAGGACCGAAAGCUCUACAAGUUCCUUUUGCUGGAGAAUGUGGUGCAUCACUUCAAGCUUCCCUGUGUGCUUGAUUUGAAGAUGGGGACCAGGCAGCACGGAGAUGACGCAUCUGAGGAGAAGGCUGCUCGGCAGAUGAAGAAGUGUGAACAGAGCACUUCUGCCACCUUGGGUGUGCGCGUGUGUGGGAUGCAGGUCUAUCAGCUGGACACAGGACAUUACUUGUGCAGGAAUAAAUACUAUGGACGAGGUCUUUCCAUUGAAGGCUUCCGCAACGCCCUCUACCAGUAUCUCCACAACGGCAUUGAGCUGCGCAAGGACCUCUUUGAGCCUGUACUGGCCAAACUGCGAAGCCUGAAGGCGGUUUUGGAGAGACAGGCCUCCUACCGCUUCUACUCCAGCUCCCUUCUCAUCAUUUAUGAUGGGAAGGACAGCAGAGCAGGGAUGUUCGUGGAGCGCCGGCCGGAGAUGCGCCUGAAGCGGGUGGACAGCUCUCUCCCAGAGAGCCUUCAGGAUGGCAGCAGCACGGAGCCUGGCUCCUCAGCCCAGCCCAAGGUGGACGUGCGCAUGAUUGACUUUGCACACAGCACCUUCAAGGGCUUUCGAGAUGACCCCACUGUGCAUGAUGGACCUGACAUGGGUUAUGUGUUCGGGCUGGAAAGCCUCAUCAAUAUCAUGGAACAGAUGCGUGAGGAAAACCAGUAGCCCUGUGCUACAGCCUCUUACUGUCCUGGUGGCAAGAGCAGACAAGACCACCGACUACCACAGGAAAAAAGACGACAACUUUGGUUUUAAACAAUUGUAUUGCUCCGUUGUUUUUAAAUGUACUUGAUAGGAGAGCUGAGGGGAGGCAGGAUGGAAGAGCUCCUCAUGUCAGCCAGAUGGUUCUGACAGUGCUAGCUCUGCCUCUGGAGGAGGCUCCAUAGAUGUCUGCUGAGUGUUGGGUGUUCUGGUUCUCCGCUUGUCACAUGUGCGUUCUGAAGGGAGGACCUGGACACACUGAAGAGAAAGCAGGAGAGCUCUGGAGCUCUUCAAGGGGCUGUGGCUCUGGUGUGAGUAGCCUCCUUCCUCGAGAGCCUUUUGGAGAGCCUUCCCUUUGAAAUUCUCCUGAGCUCUUCGGAAAGGGCACUUGAUGGUUGGCAGUGUCUGUGGGGCUGAUGGUGAGUAGCACAGGUGCUGGUCUGUGUUUGGUGUUGUGAGCCUUGCCCUGGGUUUUCUGACAGGGCUUUGCUUUUGAUGCUGCCUUUUUGUGUUGUUUGGGCAUUGUGAAUAACCAACCCAAACUCAGAAAUAAAAUGACCAAAUGCAACCCCUGGCAGAGCUGCAGCUGGGAGGGAAUGCCACUGCCUGGGCCUAUACUCAAGCCUGGGUUCUGCUUCCUCUCCACUGGUGUGGCAUGGGCAGGCCUGCGUGCAGGCAGGCAUGGAGCUCUGUGAGAGUAACUCUGCCCUGGACCACUGACCAAAUAAGACGUCAGCUUGUGGGCUAGCAAUAGUACUUGUAGCAGUUAAUGUGACCCCAGCUGUGCAGCGGGGCCUUUUGGACCAUUUCAACCCUUCUGUCCUGUAGUGUUGGUCGUACAGAAUGUAGGCGACUGUCCCUCCAGCACCAGGCUGUCCUCUUCCCCCUGCUCUUCUGGCAGGCCCAUGCAUGAAGAUGAUGGAAGGGGAGGCCGAGAGUUAGGGUUGAUCCUUCUCCUUGUCUCCUCCCUGAGGGGGCUCCUGGUUGAGUGAGGAGUGCUGCCACCUGACUCUUUCCUUUAGUUUUGCUGCAGAGAGUUGAUCUUUCCCAAAAUUAGUAACCAGUUUGGGGAUGAACCAGCUGGGACAUGCUCUGCUGCCAGGCUCCUUCCUGGAGCUGGUGCUUUACUCACAGCUCCCCUUGAUGAGGGCAUUAAUGUUUGAUACUGUGGCCUGGUGGUACUGAACUGUACCCCGCUCUGCAUCACUCCCCUGUCUUUCUGUUCUGCACCUCCAGUUGCACCCUCCCUGGUGUCACUGACUUGUUCCAUGGCGUUACCAUUUUCCUGGCUGCCUGACAAACUGCCUGAGUACCUGAAAGGCCAGGGUUGGGGUUUGUGUGUGUUUGUUUUGUUUUUUACUUCAGGAAAGCUUGUUUGGCAUGUAGCAUGUGUACCAGCGCGGUGUGUGCACGGCCUGCUUGGAAAGCGUUGGUGCAGGGCUAGUGGCCAGCCAUAGCUGCCACUGUGGGUGUAAUAUGCGGCAGGGGCUCUGGAAGGGUGCAGGGGCAGUUGCCAGCUUUUUCCCACCUAAAUCACACCACUCUGCCUCUCUCUCAGCUACUCAAAGGCUUGCUAAGCCCCUGCUCCCUUUAAGCUCCCUGGCCAAGGACCUUCAUUCAUGGAAACAUUUAAGUUGGUUGGAAAGGACAUUUCAAGAUCAUCAUGUCUGCUACCCCUACUCUUCCAUGUGUCCCACUAAGCCAUAUCCCCUAAGCACCACCUCUACCGGCCUUUUAAACACCUCCAGGGAUGAGGACUCCACUGCUUCCCUGGGCAGCCUCUUGCAAUGCUUGAUAACCCUUUCAGUGAAAGUUGUUUUUCCAGUGCUCAGCCUGGACGUCACCUGAUGCAGUGCAAGCGCUUCCCUUUUGUUCUCGCAGUAGUUACUUGGGAGAGGAGACCAACACCCACAUCAGGGCAAUCUCCCUUUGGGUAGUGCUAGAGACGUCCGUGCCCCUCUGCCCUGCGCUGGGUUCCUGCUUCACUGUCCUGGGGUGGUGGCCAGGGAACUGAGCGGCAGGAGGGAGCUAGGCUGGUGGAGCAGGUGCAUCGGGGCCCUGCAGCAGCCCCGCUGCCCUUCUGGGCUUGUGUCCCACCUCCUUGUGCAUGUCCUUGCCUCCGGCGGGCUGUACUCAGGCUGGUGCAAGGCCCUUAGUCCUGGGUUGCCCCGCUGCACCCCUCCGACGCUGCCUCUUGCCGUUUCUCUGAAUACAGGGCACUGCCUCUGCUUCCCCUUGAGCCACCGCGGAGGGACUCCAGAGCUUGUACAUAGCCUUGCUUCCCCCCCAGUUUGUUUUUACAUGAAUAAUCACCCUGUUCGUGCUUCACAGAGAACCAAAAACCAUUAAAGGCUCUGUUUUUGUC